ACCCAGAGCGCCGCGGCUGUCUGCUGGGCUCUCGGAGACGCGGACCCUCUUCGGUCGCCCCGCGCCAUCCUCUCCGCGCCGCCUGGCCCGCCGCCUCGAGCGCCCUCAGUCCCUCAAGCCAGAUGAUGAACUUCCUGAGGCGCCGGCUGUCGGACAGCAGCUUCAUCGCCAACCUGCCCAAUGGCUACAUGACUGACCUUCAGCGCCCGGAGCCGCAGCAGCCCCCUCCCGCCCCUGGCCCCGGGGCCGCCACGGCGUCGGCGGCCACCUCAGCUGCCUCGCCCGGCCCCGAGCGCAGGCCGCCACCCGCCCAGGCACCCGCGCCGCAGCCCGCGCCGCAGCCCGCGCCGACGCCGUCGGUGGGCAGCAGCUUCUUCAGCUCGCUGUCACAAGCUGUGAAGCAGACGGCCGCCUCCGCCGGCCUGGUGGACGCGCCCGCGCCUUCGGCCGCUUCCAGGAAGGCCAAGGUGCUGCUGGUGGUCGACGAGCCGCACACCGACUGGGCCAAGUGCUUUCGGGGAAAAAAAAUCCUUGGAGAUUAUGACAUCAAGGUGGAACAGGCAGAAUUUUCAGAGCUUAACCUGGUGGCCCAUGCAGAUGGAACCUAUGCUGUGGACAUGCAGGUACUCCGGAAUGGCACAAAGGUUGUCCGGUCUUUCAGACCAGACUUUGUGCUCAUCCGACAGCAUGCAUUUGGCAUGGCGGAGAAUGAAGACUUCCGCCACCUGGUCAUUGGCAUGCAGUAUGCAGGCCUCCCCAGCAUCAACUCACUGGAGUCCAUUUACAACUUCUGUGACAAGCCAUGGGUGUUUGCUCAGAUGGUGGCCAUCUUCAAGACACUGGGAGGGGAGAAAUUCCCACUCAUUGAGCAGACAUACUACCCCAAUCACCGAGAGAUGCUUACACUUCCUACAUUCCCUGUGGUGGUGAAGAUCGGCCAUGCUCACUCAGGCAUGGGCAAGGUCAAAGUGGAAAAUCACUAUGACUUCCAGGACAUUGCCAGUGUGGUGGCCCUCACCCAAACCUAUGCCACAGCAGAACCCUUCAUUGACGCCAAGUAUGACAUCCGGGUUCAGAAGAUUGGCAACAACUAUAAGGCUUACAUGAGAACAUCCAUCUCAGGGAACUGGAAGACCAACACUGGCUCGGCCAUGCUGGAACAGAUUGCCAUGUCAGACCGGUACAAGCUCUGGGUAGAUGCCUGCUCUGAGAUGUUUGGUGGCCUGGACAUCUGUGCAGUCAAAGCUGUGCAUGGCAAAGAUGGCAAAGACUACAUUUUUGAGGUCAUGGACUGUAGCAUGCCACUGAUUGGAGAGCACCAAGUGGAGGACAGACAACUCAUCACUGACCUGGUCAUCAGCAAGAUGAACCAGCUAUUGUCCAGGACUCCUGCCCUGUCUCCACAGAGACCUUUAACCACCCAGCAGCCGCAGAGUGGAGCACUUAAGGAACUGGACUCCAGCAAGACCCCUCCUCAGCGGCCACCCCCCCAAGGGGGCCCUGGGCAACCCCAAGGAAUGCAGCCCCCAGGCAAGGUGCUGCCUCCACGCCGUCUCCCCUCGGGACCAUCACUGCCAUCUUCUUCCUCUUCCUCCUCCUCUUCCUCCUCCUCUUCCUCGGCUCCUCAGAGGCCGGGCGGCCCCACCACCACCCACGGUGAUGCAUCCUCCAGCAGCAGCUCCCUGGCAGAGGCCCAGGCACCUCAGGCUGCUCCACCACAGAAGGCCCAGCCUCACCCACAGCUCAACAAGUCGCAGUCCCUGACAAAUGCGUUCAGCUUCUCUGAGUCCUCCUUCUUCCGGUCUUCAGCCAAUGAAGAUGAAGCCAAAGCGGAGACCAUCCGGAGCUUGAGGAAGUCCUUUGCCAGCCUCUUUUCAGAUUAGUUCUUCAGAUACACGAGGGCAUCCGGCCCAACCAGAAAAGGCAUCUAAGACAUUCACCAACAGCAGUCCGACAUGUUUGGUGGAGAUGUCCCAUGACUUGACGUGUGUGGCCCCUUCCUCUGUUCCUUUGUGCUCAGUAAUUUGUGCAGCCCAGAAAUGACCAUGUGAUAGUCUCAGGACAGGUGCCUACUCUGAGAAAGACCUGACAGGAGAGGAAAGGGCUGCUUCCCUGUAGUCUUAAGAGCUUUAUUCCGAAGUCAUCAUUGCUGUGAAUUUAGUGGCCUUAUUGUGACAGAGCCAUCGUGUCUUACUCUUCCCUGUGAAGUCAGGAUCUCCAUAACGUAGGACUCCUGGCAGCUUAGCCCAGCUCAGACACAGAGCUCAGCAUGUCCUAGUAGUCAGUGCUACCUGUGGGAAGUAUGUUCUUACCUUACAAGUAUUGUUGGCUCUAAGUUUUAGGAACUUCUCCCCAAAGCUGGGUCUACUGUGGUACUUGUUGAAAGCACACUCACCUGACCCUCCACUCUCUAGACUGCUGUGGAGGUGAAGUUCCUUGUGUUUGUUGAAACAAAAGAACAAGGCCCCACAGUGUCUCCUUUCUCCCCUCCGGAGAGCAGUUGUGUUGUGUGAACAGCAGGUACCUUGACCUUUCGGAGCUGUACUGUAGAGGAGAAUGCAUGCCGCUAUAACAACAGUCCACCAACCUUUGUGUUCCUCACCUUAUGAAUGUCAAGACCUUGGUGUAAUAAAAGCAGCAGCUUUA